ACACAAUUUUCCUAUCAACCCAUCAUAUGGAACCUCCAACUGAACAGAGUCAAUCUUUGACUGUUGAUCAUCUUAUCUGCCCAAUAACAAAGACCUAAAAUAGAGAGAAAAUCAGACUUUUGCUCCAGCCUAUGAAGAUGAGAUUUUAGCUAUCAAAACCAUGACCAAUGAUACGUAAAACCCGUUCAACAUCCUCUUCAAUUAUAAACAAAUAUUAAACUCUAUAAAAAAUCUCCCACGAUCAUAAUUUGGAAACCACUUGAGAAAUUAUAUUUAAUCAAAUGGUUAAAUAUGCAUUUCUAUGGUUUUGUUCUUUCAUAGUUCGACGCCAUGUAUUCGUAUUAUAAGGUUUAAAUGGCCUCUAAAAAGUUUAUUCAAAAAAAAAUCCCACAAUCAUAAUAUUGAAAUUCACUUACGGAAGAAUUCCUCACAUCGUCGACUUUUUGCCUUUCUUCUUAUGUUGAACAUUUCAACUUUUUUCCUUGUGUAAUCUGAAAACCAUCGUGUUCUGUUUUCAUUUUGAUAGGUUAUUGUAAAGUUUGAUUCUAAACUAUCUGAUUCAAACCUAAACGACAAUCCAAAGGCUGCGUUUCUUGUUUGCUUUGGUGGUUUUGUAGCGAAUUGGACUCGUAGUACAUGAUGAACACGGAAUCAUUUGGUGCUUGCUUGCUUCUUACGCUUCCAGAAGAUGUGUUUACUGUUAUCUCUCGUUUUCUUUCACCAAGCGACAUUUGCAAUCUAAUCUUGUGCGGCAAAAGUCUUUGUGCCCUUGUCGAUUCCGAGAAGACGUGGCUUGUGCAAUGUGAAGAAGUAAAGGUUCUUCCUUUGUUUGAAAUAGUCCAAUGGCGAAGCGGGAUCUCUUCUUACAAGGCACUUUGUAGGUUUCUUGUAGAGGUGGUGAAGCCUCUUGUUGGGAUUUGGGUUCAACAAAACCCUGAACUUGGGAAUGUCGUUUAUGUCAUGCCUGGUUUCUUGUCUGUUGUUGGGUGCCGGAUAAUUCCACAAAAGGUUGGUCCUUUGUGGAUUCAAGAGGGCCGAGUUAAGUGGUCACCUGUGUUUGAGAUAAUCUGCGGUUUUGAUGGCUCUACCGGGUUUUUCCUUCAUGGAAGAGACAAAGAAGGCAGUUGCUUGUACCCUGGUUUUGUUAUGGGCAUUGAGAAGAGUUGCAAUUUGCUUCAACUCGAAAUUGAGCCGAGGCGAGAGAAGAGUUCGUGCAAUGAGAUUGAGAGAGGAGCCUCAAGAAAGGGGGAAAAGGAGGGAGAGGUUCCAUUUUGGAUGCUCGCUUUUAGCGAUAGAAAAAACUUACUCAAUAUUGUGACAAGCCAUGUAGGUAUACAUGUGGUGGAGCCAUUAAAUGGAAGGUUAUUUCCCACAUCAAAAGAUGAUGAAGCAAUGUUGGUCGAACGCAGAACCAUGCUCUUUAAAAUGCACAAGUUUGGUGGAAAGUGGAAGAACAUGAAUUUGGAGGAGGAUGAUCAGUUGUGUUACAAUCCUAUGCAGCUAGACAUAAACGAGAUGUUGGAAAAUCUUGGUGAUGACUGGUUUUUUGACAUGGAAGAGGAGCUGAUAGAGGUCACACCAACGGAGAGCACGCAUGUUUUAGGGGAGUCUAGUUCUUCAAAGAACACAGCACCUUCGAGCAGUGAGAUUAGACAUUCGAAUCGCCAAAGCUUUCUUAGCUCUGGUGAUACAUUUGGUCUUAGUCUCAAAGCUUCCUACUCUGAGCUAAAUUCUUACGAAGGGUGGCCAUACAUGUACGCUCAUCACUUUUCACUUUAUAAACUACCGGUUAAGAAAUUCGUUGAUCACGAAGUCGAAGUGUAUGCCGGUUUGUGGGGAGGAACGUUUGGCUGGCCAGCUGGGAAAUGUCCUAAAAGUAAGCCCGAAAAGUCUCUUUACUUACUGAUGCUCACUUAUGAAGAAUCUGAAGAGUAUAAUGAGAGAGUUCUCAUUGGGACAAAAAUACUCGAAGGAAAGCGCUAUGUGAGGCGUCCCAAUGGAACUGCAAUGUUUAUUGUAAAUAUCGAUACACCUACCCUUGAGCCCUUUCCGGUGGAUGCAGAUGAAAUAGAUUUUGAGAAUUCUUACUCGGGAAACGGUAUCGCAGAAGGUUACGGAUUCCGCUAUCCCGGUUCAAAACCUGGUUCCCUUUUCGUGAUCACUAAUGAUCUUCUUGCAUUCGUUUGGCAAGAAACCAAAGAUGUGAUUACGUUGCAAAGACUAAACCUUGCAGAGAUCUUGAAGAAGGGUUUGGGUUCUUGUGUGCCGCCUUUGCCUCCUACGAAGAAUUUUACUUAUAUGAGAAGGUCCUACAUAAACGAGUUUACCAAGUCAUCGACCGAUCCGUCUUACUCCGACGAGUAAAGAACAUUGUAGGAAACACAUCAAUGUUUUGAUUGAAACCACUCAAAACUCUCAUAUCUUGUCUUAUUUUUGAGAUACAAUCUCA